AAGAGAUCAGCUCAGUAUGUUUCUGGUUUCAGCUUGGAGAGAUGGGAGACCUCCAGUGCUUGCAAGACUUCAUCAGAUGUUUGGAUGAACAGUCUUUACCCCGCAUCCUCCAGAUUUGCUCUGGGGUUUAUUUCCAGGGGUCAGUGUAUGAGCUCUCAGGGAGUGAAGUGUGUUUAUCAACUGGAGACCUGGUGAAGGUCAUUGGUCUAAAUGCCUUGUCUGUAUUUUGUGAAGAGAUUGCAACCGGAAAUUCAUUUGAAUUGUCUGCUGAAUACUCAGUUCACACUCAUCGCAGAGGACCUACCAUACAAUACAAUAGAGGAAAUUGUGGGUUUGUGCCCUAUCGGCGUGGACGCGUGUGGCUCGUUCAGCUUUAAAAGUAGAAAUAAGCUAAAUGUAGAAAAUUUUACCGUACCCGCAGAAGAACCGUUGACGCUCUUAUUGAUAGAGGUUGCUGAAGAUGGAACGAGACAAGCCCGGUGUCAGCUGACUGGGCAGAACAUGGUCUCCGCAGAGAUACUCCUUCCUCUAUCUCUUAAAGGGGAGUUUUAUGAGUGCGAGUGUGACCGUGGGUACUCUUUACAGGAAAUCAUGACAUCAGCCAGGCUAAAAACCAGACGCUUCAGGAGCACAAAUGUCAAAACUAUCGGAGGCCCAAUUAUAUUCAGCCCAGUUUACGAAAUUAAAGCCAUUAUGCACAUGAGAAAGGACAUAGUCAAGUUUCCCUCCACAUUAGAAGUGGAUGUCCAGGAUGUGACAGAACAGUUUGAGGAUUUAGUGUUCAUAACACCGCUAUCAAUAGCUGAAGUUGCAAGUCAACCACAGGAAUCUUUUCCUACCAUGGCAGAGAUCUUGGAAGGCCCAGGGGGUAAUACAUUUUUUAAGUGCAACUGGAUCCAAGAACUUUAUAAAGGCAACCACCUAGUGCUACAUGGGUUGGGCCACACACAAAUGGUACUAGCCUCAACCCCGAAAGGGAGGAAGGAAAAAAAGUACUUUCUAAUAUCACAGGGAUACAGUGGACGAAUGAGGAGGAAGGCUAGGGAAUUUGUAUCAGUGUAUGAGCUAUACAUGGCCUCCUGUCAGUGUCCAGGCUUGAAGGUAAGCGUGACACGGCAUUGUGAAGCAGUAGAGGAAGAAGGCAUACCUGCCCUUAGUGUCGGUGAGCAGCUCGAGGUUCUGGACAGGACAGUUCAUUCUCCAGGGACUCAGAGUAUACAGAAUCUAAUUUGCAAACGGACUACUGAGGUGGACGACGAGGAUGAUGAAGAUGAGGAAGAGGAUAGUGAAGAACUCUCUCUGCCCCUGUUCAUGGCAGGCCACUUCAUGGAAAAGCUUACAGACAACAAGAAGUACAAUUUAAAAGAUUUAAUUAACAAGUCUUUGCCUCUCGAUAUCAAAGUUGUAACUCGAGAUAAAGAGCUCGAAACCGAUCCCCUGGUAGGGUUGACGUCACUUAAACUUGAAGAGACUUUCAUAGAGACCGUAGUGUUGAUCGGCCUACCCAAUAAACCAGAUUGGUGCUUCGAGUUGCCCGUACGCUGGUUACAAAUGUCACUCUGUUUCACUUCUGAGCCUCUACCUUGGCCCGAUAAUGGGACUCCUAAACUGUAUGUAGAGACGGUCACUGAGGUUACAGAGAAUUUCUAUCAUGAAUAUCACAAAGCUACAGACAAAGUUGAGGAACCGCCUCCCCGUCCACCGAAAAGGAAACCAUCAACUGCUUCUGUGCCGAAAAAGUCUAAAUCUAAACCAGGACUACCAAAAAAAGGCAGCAAAGUUACAGAACAACUCGAAAAUCUUUCUCUGGGUAAAGCUAAAGUAAGACGGCCCCCUGCUCCACCUCUUCCUGAUGAUGACGAUGAUAAUUCAAUGGAACCACCUCCAAUUUUGCCAAGAAAAAGCAUAUCAAUAUCAGAGAGCAUCACUCAGCCCAACACAUAUGUGAGAGGACCUAUAAUGGCAAACUCAGCAAGAAGGACCUCUGACUCUGAUCACGACUAUGAGACUGUUGAGGAAACGUUUAAAAAUACCCACGACAGCAUCAUGCACUAUUAGACAGAUGACAAACUGAAUCUAAGAAAAGAUAAACAGAUGCUGUCUCUACAACA